AAUGUUUUAAUCCGUUGAAAGCGGAAUCCAUAGUUUCUUCUCUAUCAAUUUCGGGUCGAAGCUCCGAGUCCUUCUGAUUUCUAGGAUCACUUCUCGUCGGACGUUAGAUUUUAUCUAGGAGAUCUAGAAGGUAUGACGACUGCAGCUAGACCUACUUGGGCACCAGCUAAAGGUGGCAAUGAACAAGGUGGAACUCGUAUUUUUGGUCCAUCUCAAAAGUACUCUUCCAGAGACAUUGCAGCUCACACUACCUUAAAGCCCAGAAAGGAGGGACAAGACACCCAGGAUGAGUUGCAGAGGAGGAACCUCCGGGAAGAGUUGGAGGACCGCGAGCGGAGGCAUUUCUCUAAAGAUAAGGGUUAUACUGAUGACAGAGAUCGUAGGAAAAGUAGUCAACUCCUUUUGGAAGGGGGUAAACGAGAGAUUGAAGAUCGUAUUGUUCCGCGGAGUGCUGAUGCUGAUGAUGCAGAUGUGGAUAUCAAAAGUGGUGAUGAGAGUGAUGACGAUGACGAUGACGACGAUGAAGAUGAUACAGAAGCUCUUUUGGCAGAGCUUGAACAGAUAAAGAAAGAAAAAGCAGAGGAGAAGCUUCGAAAAGAAAGGCAAGAGCAAGAAGAAGAGCUUAAAGCAAAGGAAGCAGAAUUAUUGAGAGGAAAUCCUCUGCUAAACCACCAAGCCCAACCGACAUCUUUCAGUGUGAAGAGAAGGUGGGAUGAUGAUGUGGUGUUUAAGAACCAAGCUCGUGGUGAAAUCAAGGCAGCCAAGCGCUUUAUCAAUGACACUAUCCGGAAUGACUUUCAUAGGAAGUUUCUUCAGAAAUACAUGAAGUAACAACAUGAUGUGGUGAAAAUGCUCCAAGAUUUGACAAAUAUUAUGUGCUCAUUCCUGCUUAGAAUGCAGUGUACCAUCAAUAUAAUCAAAGCCAGCUGGACUAUUUCGUUAUGUUAUACUGGGUGGUUCUGCACUGUGUAUUAUCAAGCGAUGCUUAAGUUGUAUGUCAAGAUAAGUACUGUGAUAUUGCUAUUUUGGUUAAUAUGCAUUUAUUGUGAUUAAACCGAAUGGCACCAUCUCCUUUCAUUCUUA